AUGGGUCUCGUCAAAAAUCUCCUUUACUUUUCUGUUCAUCCAAAUCAGUUGAGAGCAAUCUUACAAUGGAAGCUAUGGCACGACCCAGUCCAUACCAGAGAUCCAUCCAAGGAACCUCAAUCCCUCAAAGAUUGCUUCAAAUACCUCGAAAUGACCAGUCGAAGUUUUAGUUCAGUUAUCCAAGAAUUGAACCCCGAAUUGCUUGUGCCAGUCGCUCUUUUCUAUUUGAUUCUACGAGGAUUGGAUACUGUGGAAGAUGAUAUGACAAUACCAUUGGGGAAGAAGGAACCAUUGUUGAGAGCUUUUGACGACAUCAUUGAAAAGGAUGGAUGGACAUUCGACGAGAAUGGACCCAAUGAAAAGGAUCGAGAACUCUUGGUUCACUUUGACUGUGUCAUCACUGAAUUCAAGAAGUGCAAACCAGCAUAUCAGAGCAUCAUCAAGGAUAUUACCAAAAAGAUGGGUAAUGGAAUGGCCGAUUAUGCGAACAAUGCAGAGCACAAUAUCAAUGGUGUCAACACUAUCAAGGAUUAUGAAUUAUACUGUCAUUAUGUAGCCGGUCUCGUAGGAGAUGGUUUGACAAGAUUGUUCGUCGAGGCCAAGUUGGCAAACCCAGCUUUGCUCAGCAAGCCAGAAUUGUCCGAAGCCAUGGGCCAGUUUCUCCAAAAGACAAAUAUCAUUCGUGAUAUUCGGGAAGAUUUCGAUGACAAGAGACGUUUCUGGCCCAAGGAGAUCUGGUCGAAGCAUGUUGACAAGUUUGACGAUCUUUUCGAGCCCAAAAAUAGACAAAUUGCUUUGAAUUGCAGUUCAGAAAUGGUUCUGAAUUCUCUCCGCCAUGCCGAUGAAUGUUUGUUCUAUAUGGCAGGCAUUAAAGACCAGAGUGUCUUCAAUUUUGUUGCUAUUCCACAAGCCAUGGCGAUCGCAACCUUAGAGCUUGUUUUCCAGAAUCCUGCUAUCUUCGAGAAGAAUGUCAAGAUCACCAAGGGUGAUGCUUGCCAAUUGAUGAUGGAAUCAUCACAGAAUUUGCGUACGGUUUGUGAUAUCUUCAAGAGAUAUGCAAGAAGGAUAAAUAAAAAGAACUCGCCUAAGGACCCCAACUUCCUUCAGAUCAGCAUUGCAUGCGGAAAGAUCGAACAAUUCAUCGAAUCAAUCUUCCCAUCUCAAAAUCCUGAGGCGAUUGCUUUACAACAAGCUGGUGAGACAUCUGUAGCACAGAAAAAAUCAGCAGCCGAGGAAGCAGAGGCUAAGAAAGAUGUCUUCUACCUCAUGUUGGCCGUAUUCGGAACCCUGAUAGUCGUCUCUGGGCUUAUGAUUGGCGCAGCAUGGCUUGCAGGAGCUAGAUUCGACGUCGCUUUGAACGAAAUCAGACAAGGAAACUUCGCACCGAAAGACAAAGGUAUCCCAGAAGUGCAAAACACUGCACCUGCAUUUGAUCAUGCGGAACUCUAA